UUCGUCAUCAGGUGGAGCUCAUAAACAAAAAAUGUGUAGCCGACCGAGUUGACUUCUAAAAUCCGCCAGCAACAAAUCAAGAAACGAAAAAUAAAUUAUUGUUGAUUGUUUUUGAAAUUCUGCACUCUAUUGCGAUUAAGUACAAAGAAUCUGGCAUAUAAACUUUUUAAUAUUUAGCCGACCGGAUUUUAAUUUAUUUAUUAAAACCCGACCCCAACGAAGUAAUUGAUCGUUGCUUAAAUUAUAUUAACAACUUGUUAAAAGCAAUUGUUAAAGUUAUAUUGAGAACAGAAACUCUAGUAAGCGAGUUACCUAUCUGUCAAAAUGGCAAUGGGAAUGCAGAGACGUGCUAAUGUCCGGCUUCCUCCAGAAGUAAAUCGGGUUUUAUACAUUCGUAAUCUGCCGUAUAAGAUUACAGGAGAAGAGAUGUACGAUAUUUUUGGAAAGUAUGGAGCGAUCCGGCAAAUUCGAGUAGGAAACACGCCAGAAACUAAAGGAACUGCCUUUGUAGUUUAUGAAGAUAUAUUCGAUGCUAAAAAUGCUUGUGACCAUUUAUCAGGAUUCAAUGUUUGCAACAGAUACCUGGUUGUUUUGUACUAUCAACCUAGUAAAGCAUUCAAGAAAUUGGACGCUGAGAAAAAGUUGGAUGAGAUUGUUAAAAUGAAAGAAAAGUAUGGUCUCAAUACGCCAGAACAAAAUUAGUUAGUAUAUUUUUUUACGUAAUAAUUCUAAGAUUAGAUAUUUUUUGUUACAAAAAUGCUAAAUGUUUGUAGUCUCUUUUAUGAUAACGAUUUUAUGUUAUAUAACAAAAGCUCAUUUGUACUACCUACUGCGCCUAAGGUUCGGAUUUGAAUAAAUAAAAGCAUUUCUAAUGAGUUUUAAAGGAAAA